AUGGUCUCCUUCGAUGUGACGUCGCUAUUCACAUCCAUCCCACCAAACGUGGCCCGCGAAGUCUUGCGCAAGAGGCUUGAAGAGGCGUACGAUAAGACUCAGAAUGCCCUCAAAAUUGAACACCUCAUGAGGCUGCUUGAAUUUUGCCAACAAACUUUCUUCACUUUUGCGGGAGAUACCUAUGAACAAAUCAAGGGAACCCCCAUGGGCUCACCGGUCUCCGGUUUGGUGGCAGAACUGGUCCUACAGGAGUUGGAAAAGAUUGCCUCCCUCCAAUAUGAACCGGUGUUUUGA